UCUGGGCUGUGUCUCCGGUGCUCGUUAAAGGCACAGCCUGCCCGGCCAUGGCUCUGAGGGAGCUGAAAGUUUGCCUUCUGGGGGAUACUGGUGUGGGCAAGUCGAGUAUUGUGUGGAGAUUUGUAGAAGAUAGCUUUGAUCCCAACAUCAACCCAACAAUAGGAGCCUCAUUUAUGACCAAGACUGUACAGUAUCAAAAUGAGCUGCAUAAAUUCCUAAUUUGGGAUACAGCUGGACAGGAGCGGUUUCGUGCUUUAGCCCCAAUGUAUUACAGAGGGUCAGCAGCAGCCAUUAUAGUGUAUGACAUCACAAAGGAGGAAACUUUCUCAACAUUAAAGAACUGGGUUAAAGAGCUUCGACAGCAUGGACCUCCAAACAUUGUUGUAGCUAUUGCAGGAAAUAAGUGUGAUCUUAAUGAUGUAAGGGAAGUCAUGGAAAAAGAUGCUAAAGACUAUGCAGAUUCCAUUCAUGCAAUAUUUGUAGAGACAAGUGCGAAAAAUGCAAUAAACAUUAAUGAACUCUUUAUAGAAAUUAGUCGCAGAAUUCCAUCAACUGACACCAACCCCCCGUCUAGUGGUAAGGGCUUCAAACUCAGAAGACAGCCAUCGGUGACAAAGCGCAGCUGCUGUUGACUGAUCCCUUAGAAAAUCAAACUUGUCUAUACAGUUACAGACCAAUUUCUGUCAUGCUCUUCAUCUGUGUGUGAUACUCCAUCCAGUUGUUGCACUUGGUUAUGCUGUAACUCUGACACCUAGAUGGAUUUCACUGCUACUAUCUUGCCUCACUUUUACUCAUGUUACAGUAUGUAUUUCCUAUUAAAUCCAUUAUGUUUUCUUGACAGUUUGUUCAUUGUUUCCUUAUGGGAUUUAGCCAAGAAUAGGUGGGGAGUGUCCUUUUCUCCUCAAAGGUUCUAGAAGUAUGUGUCACAGUGGCAAAUGUUUGUGAACAAAAUGGUAAUUCAUGAGUACAGCCUUAUGAAACUGUUAUGAAGACAUAACAGCUGAGACAUGUACCAUACUGUAUUAUACCACAUAACAAAGGCUUUAAAAGCACAUUCACUUGGGGGAGCAAAUUAUUAUAAGGCUCUAGUGACAUGACAAACUCUUGUGUACUUUAACUUCCUUUUUUUUUGUACUUCCUAUUUCUGAAUAUUGUGUAUCCGAAAUUGAAAUUGUGACAGUGAAUUGAUUCAAGACACAGAAAUGUAUUGCAUUUCUGCAGCAGAAUGGAACUAGAUGAUCUUAAGGUCCUUUCCAACCCUGUUAUAUGAUUCUAUGAUUCCUGGUGAUCUUCCCCCUCGUACUCCCCACACCCAGUACAAUAAAGAAAUGAAGUUCUGUAGGUUUCUUCUAAAUGAGAAACUUUGCAUUUGCAUUUGUGUAUUCAGGGCACAAAAAUAACCUGAUAUGCAUAUAGCUCUUGCAGUGUAAUAAAUGUUUGCCUGUAAAAUUAAGCGUGAAGGUUAACCUUUGUAUCAGCAAUUCUUGUCCCUCGUAAGAAUGUUCUGCCUUUUCAUUAUAGGAUUGGCUUAACCUGUUACAAAGGUUGAAAGGUCUGUGCCUUCUUAUUAUAGUAUCUCUUGUAAAACAAACUUAAGCCGCUCGAAGUUACAGAGCAUUUGCAGCACUGUAAACUGCACAAAUUUACAACCAUCGCUUCACUGCAUGACAUGUAGUCAGAUUACUAGUGAUGAAAUAUUGUAGUGAUGAAUUCCCAAGCUUAUGAAUGUUUCGAGACAUUUUUUAGUCUUCUCUUGGGCUGGUCCUGAGAGUGUGUACAGGUUUGUCUGUAUUGUUGGUUUGUAGAUGUUAAUGAAGAAAACCAGGCUUUUGUUCUCUCCUUUUUGUUUUGAAUUGUUACACUCCCAUAUAGCGGAUAGAAUGCAAAUAAGGAAGUGUUGAUUUGGCAUAAUGUAAACAGCCUUUUCAGCCUAAGCAUUCAUAAUAACCUUUUAUAGUGUAAUAACAUGCUAAAUCACUACCAGUCUGAUGUAUUGUGCAAAAAGAAAAGGUGUAAACAUUUUAUUAAUAAAAAGCUUUGUUUAUAAA